AUGGUCCAUCCGGUUCUCUCCAACGAACAGCUAUUGGAGGCGGUGGCUUCAGACCCCCGCUUCUACAACAACACCCAAAACGUCGAAAGUCCUCGUAUUGAUGCCUUGCACACCACGGCAGACAAUGAUCUUUUGGCUCAGAUCGGAUACAAGCCGGAGUUGAAAAGACGGUUUAAUACGAUCCAGGUUUUCGGCGUGGCCUUCUCCAUUAUGGGCUUGCUUCCGUCGAUUGCAACGACGCUUUCCUACGGCAUCACAGCUGGACCUGCUGGUGCCAUUUGGGGAUGGCUUAUUGCUUCUUGUUUUAUUUUAAUUGUCGGUGUGGCCAUGAGUGAAAAUGCCUCGUGCCAGCCUACCUCGGGAGGUCUUUAUUACUGGACAAAUUAUUAUGCUCCGCCCAAGCUCAAGUCGGUGCUUUCUUUUGUUAUCGGCAACACCAACUCGCUUUCGUUGAUUUGCGGUUUCUGCUCCAUCGACUAUGGAUUCGCUCAGGAGCUUCUUUCGGUGGUGGUGAUCGCCAAAGACGGCAAUUUCGAAGUCACCCAGGCGAAAACGUACGGUGUUUUUGCCGCCGGUGUCAUUGUCCACAUGUUUGUGACUUCCAUUUCGUCCAGACACGUUGCAACGUUGCAGACCACCUCGAUCGUGUGGAAUGUCCUUUUGAUUGCCAUUUUCUUCAUCGCCAUGCCCAUAGGCGCCUCCAGAGGCCUGUUCAAACCGGCCUCGUGGGUUUUUGGAAAUUUCGAAAAUAUGACAGAUUUCCCCAUGGGCUGGAACCAGGUCUCCCAGGCAUGGCAGCUGGCUGUGUGGACCAUUGGAGCAUACGACUCGUGUGUCCAUAUGUCUGAGGAGUGUAAGAACGCUACCGUGGCGGUUCCUUUGGGGAUCAUCAGCUCCAUCACGGCGUGCGGUCUUCUUGGGUUUUUCAUUUUGAUUGUGACGUUUUUCUGUGUUCAGACAGACGAUCUUAAUACCAUCAUGGGUACGAAGUACGGUCAGCCCAUGGCGCAAAUCAUCUACGAUGCUUUUGAAACGAAAACCGGCCAGGGCAAGCCCGUGGCUAUUGCUUUCAUGGUUCUCAUCACCAUUGGCCAGUUUCUCAUGGGAGCUUCCAUUUUGACCGCCCUUUCCAGACAGCUUUUCGCCUUUGCCAGAGACAACGGUCUUCCCUUUUCCUGGUGGAUCAAAAAGGUCAACAGGGAGCUUUCCGUUCCAAUCCACGCCGUCAUCACCGGUGCAGCUGUUGCCCUUGUGGUUGGUCUUUUGGUACUUAUCGGCACGACAGCAGCAGCAGCAUUGUUCAGUUUGGGUGUUGCCGGAAACCUUCUUGCAUGGUCGAUGCCUACGACGUUGCGUUUGAUUUACUCAGACAAAUUCACCCCGGGUCCGUUCUAUUUGGGCAAAACCAUGACCCAGGUGAACGGCUGGAUCUCGGUGUUGUUCACGGCGUACGUUUUGAUCAUGGUGAUGUUCCCCAGAGACAGAAACCCAGAUGCAGAAAGUAUGAACUACACUGUGGUGAUUGCACCUGGUGUGUGGCUCUUGUCGCUUAUCUACUACUGGGUUUACGCUAGGAAGGUUUAUCACGGUCCUACCAGAACCACCGAUGUUAUUGAAGGAGAAAGCACUAGUAGCAGUGUGGAGCAGUUGCAGGACGAGCUUCAUGGAAAGCAGCAUGAGGCGUAG